AUGUUUCUACGGAAAGAAGAAAGCAUGAAAACAGCCGACGUUUACGUCGCUGGCUAUCCGUGCCCGUCGUACUCCAAGUUAGGAAAACGCCAAGGCGUCUCUGACCAGCGGGGUCUUUUGACCCUGAAAGGGUUGGAAUAUGUGGCUUUGUGCAGACCCAAGGUGGUCGUGUUGGAACAAGUCAAAGCCAUACUCGAGAAGAAGCAUUCGCAAAUUUGGAAUUACAUUCUCAAAAUUUUGAACAAGCUCGACUAUGUGUUCGACCACCAAGUCUUGAGUACCCAGGACUUCGCCAUACCGCAAUCGCGCCCCCGAGUCUACAUCCUCGCGGUGGCCAAGGAGAUUUGCGCUGGAACAGUGAAGUUACCGGAGAAGCGGUCAGAGAAGGUUGACUUACACCAUUUCAUCCAAAAGGACAAGACCGGCUCCGAGGUGUUGCAGCUACCGAGGUACGAAGAACUUUUAGGUAGCAAGAUGUGGCGUAAGGGAUAUGUUCUCGACGUAGGAUCUUCGGAAAAAUUUCAAGCAGCGAUGACAAACUGCGCACCGUGCUUGACGCACACGCGCUUGGGACAAGGAGGAUAUUAUAUCCCAAAACUGAGGCGGCGCUUGCUGCUUGAGGAAGCUGGUGCAUUACAAGGAGUUCCAAAGAAGGUUGUCAGAGCCAUGCAAAGGGCAGCUGAGGAACACAAGCUUCCUGCGCGCACAGUGGAUGCAAGCCUUGGCGAUGCAAUGAGCAUCAAUGUCCUGGCAAGUGUGUUGAUGAAAGGCUUGACACACUCUCGCUUAGUUCAAUUCAGUGCACAGGAAGAUCAUUGGAGAUUAGUUGCCAAUGGUCCGGACGCUGCAACGCUGAGUGACCGUUUGUUCGACGGAACAAUUCGGAACAUUUCCGCAUGGCGCUUGAAUAAGGCUGAAAUGAACGAGCUCGCUGAAAGGGUUAAGAAAGGAGAGGAAGAAGCGGUGGUGAAGAAGGAGCUUCAGACCAAGAAGGCUGUGGCCUGCGAAGAGCGUAAGAAGUCUGCUGCGGCGAUUUCUGCCAAGCCUGGAUCCACGGGUCCCAAGGCAAGCAAAAAGACUUCGUCGUCGGCUGCAACUCAGUCAGCCACGGCUGCAGCUGAGUCAGCCACGGCUGCAGCUGCGACUCCAGACCCAACGAAUGCUGGCUACUAUGCUCUGGUAGAGGCGGACCUCCAGACAAUUUUGCAGGAGUUCCCAGGCAUUGACCAGGAAAUGCCUUUGCCGCUCUCCAAGUCUGAGUUGGACGGAUCCAAGACUGGGGUUCAAGAGCCAUUUGACUUGGAGUCGGCUCGGCAUGCACUUGGGAUUCAUAGAGUUUUUCGUUGCAGCAUUUCCUUGUUCUGGGUUCAGAUCCUGGCGUCGCCCACGCCGGGAAUUCCGAUGAGCCGGAGCAGAGUUCUCGACAUGGGAGAGUUUUACUUCCCGAACGGAAAACCAGCUUUCAUGACAGGCCGUAUGGUGGAGCUUCUGGCCGACAAGUCGGCUCUGAGCGCCAAACCCCAGAACCUUCAGAUGCUGUCGCCAGAAGAGAUUGUGCAUUCGCUGGUGGCUUCCUGCGCUCACGCUGUUCGGCGCAAGGAUGAGCUCUCCGAGGAUCAAUGGAAGGAAUGGAAAGCACAGUGGCGUGCUGUGUUGCUGAGCGUGCCGGCUUCUUUUGUGGAGACACAGGACCCUUUGCAAGGCCACAAUGUGUGGGUCGAGGCAUUCAAUCGGAGACAAGCGGUGAAGCAAGAGCAUGAGUCCAUGAGCAGGACAGCAAUGCAGAUUGCUGUGGAAAUUGACCAGUUCAAGACUAUGUGCGAAAGUUUGCCCAGCUGUAAAUCAAAAUUGCAGCCGGCGCAGCUGGUACAGGAGCUUCACACACUUGGCCUGCUGUCCGUGCAGGGCGGCCGCAAGGAGGAUGACAGCGAUGGCAAAAUCACCGUCAACUUGGUGACGCAAGCUCUGGCCGUCAAAAAGGGCAUUCUCAGCUCAGCGCGGGCAGUUGAACUUUUGCUGGAGCUGGAACAGUUAUACGGGACGCGUUCUCCCUUCCACCAGAUGAGUCGGCUUCACGUUCUUUCGACCAAGCCAAGCACAAAUCAGAUGCGAGACUGGGUGCUGGAGAGCUUGCAUGAUGGCCUGGCCUACGACGUCUUGCAAAUCGGAGAAAUUUCCAAGGGCAGUCUUUCCGGAGACAAGCACCAUACUGGUCUCGUCUUGGACCACUUCUUCGAAGUGCUGCUUCCGAAGAGCGGUAUGGCAGAGGGUGACAGGGCUUUGCUGAAGGAGAAGCUGUCUGCCCAUGAGGUGUACCGGCAACAUUCAGGCGACGGAGAUUGUACCUGGAUGGCGCGGCUUAAGAAGUCCGGCAUUGACUGCUUUCACUUGCUGGAGGACCUGACUUACACCAAGAAGUAUGACAACGGCCUGCGACAAGCCACGAGGUCCGGGGGAGCUCCAGAGGCAGUUCUGGAGCACGAACAGGUGAAAGAACAGGUGAACCAGUUCCUCGCCACCUUGAAGGACGAAGAAGUUGAAGUAAAAGCUUUGGCUGCAGGGGCAGCCGCAAACGCUGCAGACCCGGACCAUGCAGAGGACGAGCUUCAAGAGGUGCGAAAGCCGCCCAGCCAACACUCUGAAGGGUCUGAGAAAUAUUGGAAGGCGGUUGGCAACCAAACUGUUCGCACUUAUUGCUCUCUCCAUGUGCAGCCUAAGACCUUGGACGGCAUCAUCAGUUUGGUGAGCCAAAGUGGUUUGAAAGACUUCCAAGGAGAGGGAGGUGUCAGCUGCGUUCUGACUCAUCUUGACUUAGACGCGCUGGGAGAAUCCAUGGGCCCAGGUCAGAGACCACUUCUCCGAAAGCGCUUUGUUCCCGACCAGUCCGCCCUCAGAAUCUUGUUGCAUGGUUCGAUGAUUGCAAGAAACGGCCAGCGCAAAGGGGACGAGUGCAUGGUUCCGUCAGAGGGUGAACUGGUUUUCGUGCACUGUGGCAUGGAACGUUCCAGCAAAGAAGCAGAAGCCUUGUUCCGACCGGCUGCGGCCAGAAAGGAUCAAGCCAUCGAAGCGGAAAUGAAAGACGUUCUCCUGAUCUUUUCUAACACCUCCAUUCGGGACCGCAAGCAAAGGGUUCGAGGAGCUUACACCUCCAGGUCCACCGCUUGUCUCUUCUCCGGAGCUCCAGUGUCAACCAUGGUCCCGGAGAAGCCAUACACUGACUUCUCAGGGCACAACUUUGGAGAUGUCUUUGGCACCAUUUCCGCCAUGCAGGCAGCGGACCUUUGGAAAGAAAAGGAGGAGGUGCUCACCACAGGCAGGUGCGUGUCGCCGACUGACGCCGCGAUGAACAAAGCCAAGGAGGCCUCCAGCGAAAGCGUCUUCAGUGCAGCUUUGUUGCCCUGCUCUUUCUACAGAAGUUUUCUCAAAGCCCACUCUGUGAAAGCUGUGUUGGACCUCAGCACUUCUCAGGGAGAGUUGGCAAAGGCCUGUGUGGCCGAGCGUGUCAGCUACCUCGGGCUGACGCUGUCUGACUCACAUUCCACUCAGGUGGAAAUGAUUCUGACCAACUUUGUCGUCACUCUGAUGCAGACAGAGGGCUCCACUUUCUACCGCUCAGAUACCGUGGCCCAAGGAAAGCAGCAAGAGCAGGUCACCAAGGGGAGCAAGCGCAAAAACGAAAAUUCCAAAGAAGAACGCCCCAAGGCCAAGGCCAAGGGGAAGAAAGAGCAGACCAAAGACGACGACAAAGCUACGGCGCCUGACGUGCUCUGGCUCAAGUUAACUGAGACUGUGGCUGCGACCCCGCUGAUGACCACUGAACGUUCUCAGAGUGGCGACCGCCGUGACCGUGGUGAGCGCCAAAAAGACGAGGAGAAACGGGGUCGAAGCCGUGACAGACGGGAAAAAAAGAAAGGCCGUAGCCGAGACAGAGGGCGGCGUAGGGAGACUGACAAGUCUCACGGCAGCAAGCCUCUCCUAGUCCCAGCUGAAGCUGCUCCGGCUCCUGCUCCGUCUGCGGACGCUGCAGCUCCUACGACGAGAGAAGAGGCGUCGCACGACGACGAAGAAGGUGAGGAAGAGUCGGUUCUUGCUGAGGACCCACCCGUAAAGCCACCUGCAAAGCGCGCCGCGCCACAGUCCUCGACCAGUGACAGUGAGGCUGCCAAGGCAGCCUGUCCAGGUCCAGCCAAGGCUGAGUCUGAGGCCGUGGCGCGUCGCGAAGGUGACCAGCCGCCUCACCAAGGUGAGACGUCUGAGAAGCGCGACCAAGGUCACAAACCUGAUGGUGAGAAGCACAAAUUUCACCAACCUGUGUGGGACGACAAGCGUCACCAAGGUGGGAAGGAUGACAAGACUGCUCGGUAUGACUGCAGCAUCUGCGGCCGCAAGGUCGAAGUUGCCGGCUCGUGGCAACAUCGCCGGUCAGGUCACCAUUUGGCUUCUUAUAUCUACUGGAACAACAAAGAGACACUUCCUUGGAAGAAUUGUCUCCAGGAAGGGCAAUGCUGGAGCAGGUACCUCUGGGCGACGAACCAGGCAGGUCCGGAGGAUGACGCGUUGCCCAACAAGCCUACGAAAAAGCAAAGGUCUCCAGUUCCAGUGAGAUGCGAUCCGGAACGUUCCCGCCGUGACAAAGACCACCAAGACCCUGACCCGGACAAAGGAACGCAGAACCAGCGAGCUGGCAUGAAUGGUCACUCACAAAUUCCCGCUCCGCGUUAA